GCAUAUUGAAAACUGUGGGAUAAAAAAUGCAUAUCAGAUUUAUUUGGGUUAGCACAGGCUUACAGUGUUUCCGUCAGAAGUGUUUGCCAUUUUCGUUUUGAAAAGGGGAGGGAGAGUAGGGUUUGUUCGUGGUAGGGUUUGUUCGUGGUAGGGUUUUGCUGAAUUUUAUCAAUGGCUGACGAUUCGGUUGUCACUGGCUCCCCCGAGAAGCUGGACUGCAAGCCGUCGAAUGAGACCAUUAUCGAACUUUCUGGUCCUGGUGGCACAGAGUCUACGGCCAACAACAUUUCCGCGACCUCGGCGGAACCUCCGGAAGGCGCGUUCGAGGAAGAAUUGAGGAACUCGGACGAACUGAUGCGGAAAGGAGAUAUUGCUUCUGAUGCACAAGAUUAUUCUGAGGCCACUGAUUGCUAUAGCCGCGCUCUAGAAAUCAGGGCUGCUCAUUUUGGCGAACUUGAUCCUCGAUGUGUGAAUGCAUACUAUAAAUAUGGGUGUGCAUUAUUGCGUAAAGCUCAAGAGGAAUCUGACCCUUUGGUCUCUUUGCCUAAAAGGAAGGCAGACUCCCCACAAAUUUCCGGUAAAGACGAACCUGCUAAAUCUUCUGCUACCUCUGUUGAAAACACAAAUGAAGAAGAGGAUACUUCAAUACAAAACGAAAUCAAAGACGAUAAUGCUGCAAAGCUGAAAGUAAUUGAAGAAAAUGAAGAGGAAGGUGAAAGUGAAGACGAGGACACUGUUGAAGGCGAUGAGGACGAGUCAGACUUGGAUCUGGCGUGGAAAAUGUUGGAUCUGGCUAGAGCUAUUGUUGAAAAAAGCUCUGAAGACACUAUGGAGAAAGUAGAAAUUCUGACAGCUUUAGCUGAGGUUGCUCUGGAAAGGGAGGAUGUUGAAACUUCACAUAGUGAUUACCUGAAGGCAUUAUCAAUAUUGGAGCGUUUGGUGAAACCUGAUAGUCGCCGUAUUGCUGAACUAAAUUUCAUGAUAUGCUUGUGUUUAGAAAAUGGUUCAAAGCCUCAGGAGGCCAUCCCAUACUGUGAAAAUGCUAUCUCAGUUUGCAAGUUACGGUUGGAACGGCUAGCAGAAAAGGUUAAAACGGUAUCUGUUCAGACAGAAUCAUCUCCUGGACAUUCUGUUGCAGAGUCAACAAAUACAUCAGAGUCAACUGAUGAAAUCGAAAAAGAAACUGAAACACUCGCUGAUCUCUGUAGUGAGCUAGAAAAGAAGCUUGAAGAACUUAAACAGCUAGCCACUAAUCCAACAUCUAUCACCCAAGACAUCCUUGGAAUUUUUUCUGCAAAGGUAAGAGAUGCUGCUAAUAAAAUCUCUACCUCAGUAGCAAUGGGUGCUUCCCAAGUGGGUACUAUAAACAGUGGUGGAGGUACAGAGUCCCCAACUGUUUCCACUGCUCAUACCGUGAAUGGUUCAUCUGGAGGUGUCACUGAUCUUGGGGUUGUGGGAAGAGGGGUUAAGCGAGUAAAUCUAGAGCCUGUUGCAUCAGACUCUAAGCCUGAGAAAAGGCCUGCUCUGUAGACCCUCCCAAGUUGAAAAGAAGUCAUUCGGCUAAUCAAAGGCUUCCCCGUCUUUUGCUAAUGGGACACGGGUGAGAUCACAUAUAUCAUACACUCUACCUUGUCUAACUCCUAUGUAGUAACUAGUUCAUUCCUGAAUUGUGGUGUUACUUUGUGUGUGGGACUGUGGGUACUACAAUCGGCUGUAUGUCAGUGAAUUUGUAAUUCUGUGUGCACUUAACUGUCACCAUGAAUUUGUAAUUCUUUCAUAUAUUUUGUACUCACUUUCUAGCCUCUUAUGGCCUACUUCCUGUAAUCUCAAUAUAGUUUUAAGUUUGGGUAUGCUAAGUUGCUAACUAAGCAUGGCCUACUUCUUGUAAUCUC